UAUAAAAACUGAAAGGGAGGAUCAGGAGGGGCGAAAUAUCGAGCAGACAUCAAUAUGGGAGAGGAUACGCGGAGGUCGAGGUUCACCAAGCUUCUUCCGGCGUUCUUCUUCAUCUUCUUGGCGGUGCUCGUCGUUCAAGCUCGCGCCCUUCAAGAUGAGAGCCUAACCGAAAAUAAUCACCUAGCCAACGCCGCAAGGGUGCAAAGAGACUUGGACGGUCAUUUUGAGGAAUCCACAAGCGCCAAGCUUUCAGCUAGCCAAAUUACCGUCGACCAGAUCGACGACGGCAUUCAUGACGAUGAAGACCACGAUAAUGAUGAAGAGGUGGACAUUUCAAGAGAAAUGAAAUUCCCCUUACCUAAUGUCAAAGACGUCGAAGAUGGAGCGAACACUAAACUCUUGAGUAGACAAAGCAAACGAGUGCUAGUUCGUAUUCCGAUAUCUCGAGGUGAAGGAAGUCACAAGGUGACCGUCGUUCGACGCCGACCUCUUACACCACUCUCAGGAGCACAACAGGCACCACCUGCACCUCGACGGGUAAUAGUUACGAGAAUUAGAAUGCCGAGUAGAGCGAGAAUGCCAAAAUACGAAACUCAAAGUCGAAAUCUCGAGAGUGAGUCUGAAUAUGACGAACAGCUCACCCCUCGGCAUAAGGUGACAGUUACCCGCCGGAGAAAGAUUCUGCCCGCAUCGAGUGAAAAAGAAUUGAUUAAAUCACGAGUCACUCGAAAGAAGCUUGUUAAUGUAAGACCAGUUUUAUUGCCGACGCCAACGCCAACGGCAACGCCGACACUGGCGAUUAUCACGACUGGGUUUUAUGAGGCAGCUGUUUCGAGUGAGGAAUACAGUGACGUGGAGACCGAUGACGAUAAUAGCGAUUACGACGAUGGCAUCAGCGAGUCAGAAUAUAGCCAAUACCAAACGAAGAAUUAUGAACUAUCGACACCGACCCCCAGCCUCGAUGACGCCUUAGAUACAGUUGGAAACGGUUUAAAUGAAGACGUGAAUGAUGUCAUCGAGAGCGUAGCCCCGGCUGCGCCAACCUCAACGGAAGCUCCUGUGAUCCUGACAGACCAUUUCUUCCUACCAUCGGAAGACGAAGAGGAUUACGACGACAUAGUCAUCGAUGAAGAAUCGAGGUCUUUGGAGACUGAAGAAGAUACGGUGCUCUCGACAGAGAAACCCACAACUCCGAUGGAACUUGAAAACUCAGAUCCCAGUUCCAAUGUGUCGGUUCAGGAAAGUCCAAUGGACACCCUUCUUAGCGGAGAAGGCCCUGUCACUGCACAAUCUGCCAGUGUCGACCACAAUACCGCGACAGUCGACAAACAGCCCGAAAGUAAACCUGCGUCCACCAGUUCCCUUCAGUCCAAUUUGUUAGGAGAAUCUAGUGCUUAUCCCAAAAUAAUUAUCGAAUCUUCGGAAGCACUGACAGGCUCUUUUGCGUCCACGAUAGCUCCUAGUUCCGACCCAACGCGAAUAGUAACGUCGAUCUCACCCGCGGUUAUCGAGGAGACGAGCACGGGUUUGUCGGUGCCCUACGUAGCGGUCCCGUCAGCUUCCUCUAUUUCUGAAACCUCUCCUAUUCGCGUGGAUGAAACAUCAGCUCUAGAUUUCGAGUCAAUCGCGAGCGUUUAUUAUUCUGAGACGGUCGUGACUUCGACAAGAUUGCGUACGUACACGUACGUAGUAACCAAGUUGAACGGACUCGAGACGGAAGUAACGUCGUCGACGGCGGUUAAACCCAAAGUGACUACCCUGACACUGACCGUACCCGUUACCGCGACGCUCCCAAACGCCGCUGUCGCGACAUCUUCAGCAGCGUCUUUGCUAUCGGCACAAUGGACUCCACCAUCUCCAGCAACUUCGAUGCCAACACCGCCGAAGCCAAUCGACCCCCCGUCGCCCGUGUAUAGCCCCGACAUAAUUGACGAUGAUGAGACCGCAAAAGUGGAACCUGAAGACGAGCAGGGUAGAAGGUUUAAUCUAGCCACAAGGAUAAUGUCCAAUGGCGUCGAGGUGAUCGUCGCCGGGUCGACACCCGCCCCUGCCCUUAGGUGGGAGACUGCGAGCCCUCCGGCAACGUUGACUUUGUCUGAUGCCAUGGUGAUGCUGAUGCCAAAAGACAAGCCACAGGAAUUUGUGACGAAGACCUGUGCGACGACUUUCACGUAUAUAACGACCUUGAGUGAUCAAGGUGGCUCCACUAGAACUUCAACGCAGCAGGAGGUUGUUUACAACACCGCAACAGUGGAAAGACACUCGCCAGCUGAUUCCACAGCUUCUUCGAUUGGUCUCUCCCUCGAAGCUUCGCCCAGUCUCGGUACUGAAGUUUUCGAGACCACUUAUGCGUACCACGAACUCCCCGUCGACAACCGUGGAUCAACCGUAAUUAGAAACACCGUAACUGCUCCGCAGGAAUACCUCGAUCUCGUUCUUGAGCCAUCUGAGGCACCACUUCCGGAGACUAACACCUACCUGAGUACCAGAACACUGGAGAAAACGAUUACGGAAAAUGGAAAGGCCACGGUACAAGCGGUAAAUGACGUCGUUACUCGGCUUGUCAUCACCGAGUCAGCAAGGUCCCCGAGGCCAACGACAAGCAUUGAUGGAAUCGCUGGUAAAACGACGCUAACAUCGGCUGAAUUAGAAUCAGACGUUGUCAAGACCUACUACGUGACAUAUAGCUACUACAGUACGUUCCUGGAACAGGGCAGCACAGUGGUUCGUACGAACGUAGCGACAUCCGCUGAUUUGGUCACAGAGAAAGUACUUGCACGAAGACCGACAACCACUAAUACAGCCUUGGUAGAGGAGACUCUCGCAAGUUCAGAAACCACUGUGACCCCUACGGCCUCAAUGACUCCGGUAACCCCGACAAUAUCCGAAACCACCACGACCACGGCGAAAGUUGAACCAAUUCGAAUAUUCGCUACAAAAACUUACCUCACGACGUUCACGUAUUUUACGACAUUGCUACAGGCUGGCGUUAAUGGCGAAACCUCGACUACGGUAUCGUCACGUUCUCGAAUCGUGGAAAAUGUUGUUACUGAAUCAAUUGCGCCGAGUCUUCUUGAUGCCGGCUACAUGAAUGCUCUUUUAACGACUACACGGCCCCAAGAGGAAUCUGUCGUUAAACCUAGUAACAUGAAUCAGGUCAAUAACGUGGUUACCGGCUCUACUAUAAUUUUCUUUGACGAGGAAGAUCGCGUCGAUCCAACUUCAACGUCGCUUACUCCUGCCUCAAUCGCAACAGAAGCAGUAGCAGUUUCCACAGCGACAGCAGAACUGGAAACACGACCGACGACGCCAGUUUCGACUGGGGAGAAUACCAAGAUUCCGGAAGGAAACGACGAUGCGUCUGCAGCUGGGAGCGGUUCUUUUGAUUCUCUUGGAUCUUUCACUAACUUCGGUAUCAAUGGACUAUCCGCUUUAGGUCCCGUGAUCACCGCAAUGGCCGGUCUUCUACAGGGAAAACCAACUGCUUCACGACGAAACGGGACCGUUGAUAGCGGUCAAGAUACAACCACUCAGAGAUCGCCCAUCUACAUUCCAGUAUCAGAAUUCGCUGACGGUGAUAUCGAGACUGCUGAGAGUCAAAAUAUUGGAAAUCAAUUGGCAAACCUCAAUCUCAACUACAUACCAGAAACACGCCACAAAUCAUCAGUUAGUCUCGUCAAGGGUAUUCCCAUCUCACCUGGUGAAGUGAUAACUGCCAAUAGCGAUGUUAUCAUCGGAAAGCCGGGAAAAAUCGGUGGACCCAGACCUCCACAGUCUAAAAACCCAGACGAUAAGCACGUGGGGAUCAGACCACCGCCACCACCGCCGCAGGUACUAUUACAGUCGGCUCAUCCCCACGUCCACCGACCGACUAUACACCACCACAAAACCCAGCUACAGAUUUUCCCAGCUCGACAAGUUUUUGAAGAACACCUCCAGCUGCCCGUCCGGUACGGAGCUUCUGCUGAACCCCAUCAGGUUCAAGUAGCACCGAAGCAUCCUCAACGUCUCAUCCUGCGAACAGACCCUGGGCACGAUGUAAUGGUAAACGAUCCGCUGCUUAUACCACCUGCCUCGCCUAUCUCCUCGAUUGAACGAGGUAAACCACCGGCAUACGCUGAUCGCAGCCCGGUUCCCGACCCAAACGAGCCAGAGUGGAGUCCGGAACGGUACAGACGACCCUGGAGUGCCAAGGACCCGCUUAAGCCUUUGGAGAUACAGGAAUCCUUAGCAUCUGGGAAUACACAGUGGCGUCAGAACGAUGCGGAGGAAGCUGCGUCAUCGUCUUCUGAGAUUCACGGUUCUUUGGGUAAACCGAAUUCAUGGUCCAACCACCGUGAGCAUCAGUUGGUGAAGGAAAAUCACGAGCGACCCCCAUGGGCACAAAGGGAUCCUCUACUCCCAGGUAACACUGUUAUCGAAAGUUCCCUGCAACCGAAAGCACCAGAACCAACGAGUAUAAUUCGUCACGUGGUACCGCACGUCAUCGACAGAGACACUGGGCAGCCACUGCUCGUUAACAUUCAACCAAGCCAAGUCGCUAACGUGGUUAUUCCCCAAGGCGGAAAUCAAGCGUUGAUAUUCGGCGACACCAACGAACCACACAUAACUGGACAGUAUUUUGAUGAUCCCUCACCUUAUCCCGAACCAGAAGUAGCACCUGGUUUUACUGGGGCGCAAGAGGUGGAGCAUUCACCGCAAUACUUGGGCCAAGGUGAUCCAUCAGAGUACAUGGUUCCCCCACCGUCACCACAAUCCAAUUUCAAACCUUUACCCCAGUCACCUGGAGGACGCCCUUUGACACACCAAGAACGCCCCGGUCACGGUCAUACCGAGAUCCUAGUGCACCCGGGAACAACUGCAGUGAGAGACUACAAUCAAGUAUAUCGAAGACCAGUUGCUCCGCCAGCAACGUCUCCACCUAGGAGAACCGAGGUUGAAACUUCACCACACCGAUAUAUUUUGCUUGGCAAGCCUGGAGAUUUACGACCUGUAAAUGAGGUGCUAAAUAAUAGUCAGAGCUGGAAAUUGGAAAGAGGUCGAAAACCAGCGCUUUCUCAGUCUGCAGCGCAAACGAUAAUUCAGCAGCGACCAUCUGGACACUUUGGACCGUCGAUGAGCAGACCCACAUUGAAUCCUCAUGGUCCUGAAAUUUAUAUGGGAAGACCUGGGGCUCAUCCUGCUAAAAAGCCGCAGUAUCCAUCUGCGCAGCCCCCCCAACACCCCUCUUCAUCAUCGCAAUCUCCCUACAGACAAAACACCAAAAAACCUGACACUCAUCUAGUCCCUCCAGACUGGAGUCCAACGAAGAAUACAUUCAUCAGAGAGCCAUCUCAAACUCAUAGUGGUUCGGUCAUCGUGAAUGAUAUCAUUGUUACUAAUACGGAAACUGUUCCAAUCAGCUCUAAGGAAACAGACGUUUCUCAAAUACUUCAUCCACCUCCGUUCCAAGUGAACUCGCUCCGAGAUUCUGAAACUAACCAUGACCAUCACAUGGACAAGAUUGACCCAGUAAAAAUUGGGGCUACCGAGGCUUCAGCUGUACUACAGAGCACAGGGGAAAAUGUUCCAACCGGUGCAAUCGAAUACCACGAUCCAUCAACGGACCCGAAAGCGAGGCCUGAAGAUACUUCGUAUUAUCCACGCCUGCCAACAGUGAAACCUGAAGUUCAGAGUUUCGGGGAAAUCUUACCUCAAAAUGACGAAGAUCAGGUGCCUGCAAUCUGGAUGGUAAAUACCCAGACAGAGCGAUCCUCGUUGUCCAACGAUUCUGUGAGCAGCGAGUCUCAGCGAGUGCCGACUCGGGGUGACAUGCCCCCUGAACCAGACACUAUGAACGAUUCUGACUCUGAGCUGAAUGUUCCUGGGAACCAUGUCAUUGCGGGAAGCGACGACUUUUUGGGAAGCGUAGGCUCUAUAACUACUAUCGGCGGAAAACCUCUUGAGGUGGAGCGAAAUCUUACUUAUGGACAAAAGCAACAAAAACAUCAACAACAAAGUCAUAAUACUUUGUUACUAAAUAGAGGGGUGCCUUUCGCCCAUCGUGAUCGCGAACCAGCCAUCGUACAGGGAAUGCCCUUCCGACAGAAUUUUUACGAAGGUAAAAGACCUUACGAGAAUCCAAUGAUCAUAUCGGGAAAACCAUUUGGCGUCUACGUUGACAGCCACGUCAAUGUGAUCAGACCGUACGGCUACAACCAGCGAGAAACCCAACGACCACCGAUCAGACACAAUAUCGUCCAAGGUGUUCCAUUCGGCUAUCACGGCAACCAGAAAGUCGGGCUACAACCGAACACGCAUCAGAUGGUGCUUCCACCACGAAAUGAGAAUGGCGAACCUCCAAUGUCAACCCCAAACCCCAUAGACCGUGGUGACGCAACGGAUCUGAAGCCCCCUCCCAUCGCAGGCGUUAUUCAUCAGCAACAGCACCAAGUUCCAGGGCCGUUUGGGCCGCAUCGUAUGCCCGGGACAGAAAACAAACGUCCCCAACCAGCCUCUGCACCGCCAGACAUAAUGACAAUGCCUCCUCAACCUUCACCAGCACUAGCACCGCCCGCUCAACCAGGUGCAGAAAAAGACUUUACCACGCUGAUUGGAAAUCAAUCGCGUCCAAAUUCGCUGGGAUCUGGAACUUAUUACGAAAAUAAUUCUGAAACUGAGCUUAAUUUGGCUGAGUCAUCGUACCAACUGGUGCAACCCUCUGAUACCAGGAUCAAAACGGGAUCUGGAUUUGUUCACCACAGUUACCCUAGCCAUUCAAAUGACGUAGCGAAACCAAGGCCCUCGCUGGCUACUCCGGGACACGACAUUCAGCAUUUGCAACAGACCAAUAAUCACGGAAAGCUGGAAUUCUCCAUGCCGGUGGAAGCAACGGGUGAUGAUAACGAAGGCAGUGAUACGCAGACGGAAAGACCGCCUAGCAUGUUCUCAGGGACGACAACGACCAAGAAGACGCUACCACAUUUGACAGCCUUGCCAACAAAUAUCACCGCUCCGCCACUCGUUGUAGAAACUUCGAUUAAUCGAGAAGACUCGAUGAAGAUCAGCAAGAACAAUAGUCACUCGGUGACACAAGUGUAUCCGGGGAUUUCACAGAACAGACCAAGGCCAAGGGUUCCAUAUCGAGAUAUGAUGCCACCUCCUCUGAGGCCGCAAAUCGUCUUCCAAGGCAGCAAAGGUGGUGGGAACGGGAAUGCUCCUGAAACCGAAGGACUCGAGCCACCACCAUUACCCACGGAAGUUGUGGGACUAUCGCCACCACCUCCGAAGUAUAUUCCCCUCGAAGAAUCCACCACCACUGCAGCACGGCCUUUCCUAGUUGAACUGUUAUCACAGGACAUGGUUCCUCCAGCACCAAUUUUCCCGACUUCGUCACGCCCCUCACAAGAAGCGGCAACCGAACGACCAGCAGUCGCUGUUUCAGGCUCUUUCCGCAUCGCGUCAGCCAUGCCCACGUCACACGUUACUUCACUAAAAGACUCUGAAGCAGAGAUUCCCGUCGUUCACGGAACUGUCGACUUGCCUGCAAUUAUCGAGAUGCAUGGAACUUCAGCAUCUACCACACCUUCGAUAAUUUCACCGACGAUAACUAAAUCAGAACGUGUCAGCAUCUACACAGCAAGGCCGUUCGAGUCAAGACCAGUAUCCAGAUUGUCAAUUCAACCAACAUUCACCUUAACGAGUCUACGGUCAUCCAGUACGACUCUGCGACCACUUCUUAUCGAUCAGAUGGAACCAAGCAAAUUCUCGACUUCCGGCGUAACAGUACAACAAACUAGGUUACCGACCACGGUGUCUCAAAUAAUCACAAGUAAUCUUACAACUAUAAAACUUUCUGGAGCAUCAGAAAGGCCAGUUCUACUUCAGCCCAGCAAAGAGACCGAUACAUCAUCGUUCGCAAUUGAGCCAACUGAGUCCCUCGCAAGUAUAAAGCCGGCCGAAACCGUCGCAGUAACAAAAUCUCCGUCAAAGAUCCACGAGGCACCUUUGAAAACUUCAACACAAACCAAAAAGCCUGAAAUUCGAACUACUACAACCCUGCGGACCGAAAACUCUCAAUACAGUAAAACAAGCGCAGAGACAACCCGUAACGAGACGGACCGAGAAACCGUAUUAUACAUGGUGACCAGAGUCGCGUCGGCAUCAUCAUCAACGACAAGGACACUCUUGCGAACACGCACCCUCACCUCGACCACGGUCGAGACUGUAACGGAAACACUACUGCAGCCAGCACGCACGACAACCAUCGUAUCCUCCUCCACUGUUCUGCGACCAACGACUCAAGUUCCAGUUUCGGUACCUCAGACACCAUCAGACAACGAGUCGAUAUUCGUCGUGAUGAGCGAUCAGACACCUCCCCAGCCCGGAGCGGAGGAGGUGGAAGCUGAAUAUGGAGAUGAGGACAUCGAAGCUACCAGAGACGAGCAGGACCCGGGUGGCAAUGAAAUCCAUCGAGUAUUAGCAGGCGGUAUCCUUGGAGCACCAGCCUUUCCACGUGAAUCAACCGCAGGUCGAUGUGUGCCAGAAUGCAAAACCUCAAAGGCGGAGAUCUGCGCCGAAGUCGACAACGAUAAUAAAUGUGUGUGCCGACCAGGAUUCGCCCGAAUGUUCCUUGACCGUCCUUGCAAGCCAAUCUAUACGUACACCCUGCGUGUCGGACUCGACCGCGUUGGCAGAGAUCCGUUUUCGGUGUACGCCGUCGUAUUGAAUGACACAACGUCAAGUGAUUACAAAAAAUUGACUGGCCCUACGGAAGAGGCUCUGGACCGUACGAUGAUGCAGAGUGACCUGAGGGACAUCUACAGAGGACUGGACGUCGCCCGGUUCACAUCAGACCCGGAUACGAGCGUCGAGUUCCACGUUCAACUCAGCGAGAAUGCGAGCGAUACGCGACUCAAGGAAGUUGUCCGGAAAUACCUUGUUGGCAACAACUACAGCCUCGGAGGAACGGAGGUUUAUGCAUCCAAGGAUCUUGAAACGAUCCAUGCCUUCGACUUCAACGAAUGCGCUACCGAGGAAGGCGGACCUCAUCAUGACUGUUCACCUCAUGCAGCAUGCUUCAACCGUCAAGGAUCCUAUCAGUGUUCAUGUCGCGAGGGUUGGGCUGAUCUUUCUGAUAACCUGCCGACCUAUCCCGGAAGAGUCUGUUCUCAGGCGCCGUUUGGAUGUGCCGCUUGCAAUAACAAGGGACACUGCGUGAUGAACACCAACGGUCAGGAAGUCUGCGAGUGUUUCCCAUGGCACAGCGGACAACGCUGCCAGGUCAACCUCAAAGUCCUUUUGAUCGCCUUGGUAACCACUGGCAUCAUCUUGCUGGCACUUCUGGGUGUGUGUGUCGGCCUCGCUUGUGUUGGAAGACCACGGCGAAGAUCUGACAACCGUUCCGGAGAUCGCCGAGCGAUGAUAUCGGUGGGAGGUAACGGGGGUGACACCAGCAGCGAAGGAAGCGCGGCUGAUUUGGCGACGAUUCCGCACCACGUACCACACGUCCUUCCUGCGCCGCCGCAAACUGUUGCACCAGCUCCCCCGGGAAAGCGACCAUCAGGAGCAAAGCGAACACCUCCAAGUUUCAUCCCCGCCGCUCCCAGCAUCCCUGCACAUCCUCGACCCCUUCGAGGCAAAGCGCUUCUCGCUCGUCCUCGCGACAGUGUGAGAUCUAACAUGGGCGCCACACCAACCGACGAACAACGAGACAGGUCUUUGACCGUGAUGAUACCCCGGGCCAAGUACCGUUCGGCACCCCAAUCACCGCAGUCUCCUGCCAGCUGCAAGCCUCCGGCAACCAACCUCGUCAUGGACGAACGCAAGCUCCUCAGCUACUUGGAGGACGGGCCUCAUCCCGAGACGAGAAAAUCGAGCCUAGCAGGAAAAAGGGACUCCGUUUGCAAGGAGAUGAUCCUGGACCCCCAGCAAACGGCUCGAAAUCCACCUACGGCGAGCCAUCCACCUGGCGCUCUUGUCAGUGCUGGUUUCCAGGUUUCCGCGACGGUGACUCACCAGGCGGACACUGAAUCAACGCUAGCACGUUCAUGCGGCGAAACGACGGUAGAAACGUCGACAAAGAUUCUGCGAACGAGUGACGUUCUACGGGGUGACCAGGGUUCGACCUUGGCGAGGUCCUGCGGCGAGACAACUAUCCAAGCACCGACGAAACUGCUUCGGCUGGACCUUGCAGAGGUCGGUUCCACCCUGGCAAGAUCGUGCGGCGAAACAACGAUCCAGCCCCCAACGAAGAUGGCUGCGGACCGACGAAGCAGCAGGGAACCCAGAGACAAUGCGAGCGACGGACACACCAUGGCAGAGCGAGACGUUGGUGGCACUCUUAGGAUGCCGGCACAGAGGCCGCCGUUCUUUGAUCCGGACCGGGCCAGCGACAGGGAGUCAAACUUUGACUCGCUGUAAAACUCAGGCGAGGAGAAACGCGAAGCUGAUCUUCCUGUAUUAGUUUGACAACUGUCAGGGACGAAGAAUGAAGAAAAGAGUGAAAAGAUGCUUCGCCGAGUGCCAAACCAACACGCACGCGCCACGACGCAAGCCGUUAAGCUGCGAGAAAUGUCACACAAAACUACAAGUACUAAAUUCGUUGCUGCCAAAUAAUACCCUUGAACACCUUCCUCUCCCUCCCCUUACCGCACCCUUCCAGCGCCAUUCUUCCUUAUCUCCUUACCGAAUUCCACGUCACCGAUAUAUCCCUGAACAACCUAUACCCGGUACUUAUCUAGAUUUAUAUACGUAUAUAUAUAUAUAUAUAUAUAUAUAUAUAUAUAUAUAUAUAUAUAUAUAUAUAUAUAUUUACGGGUAUACAUGACUAUAUAUUUUACAUGUAUCUAUGUAUAUCCAGAUGCGACUAUUUAUUUAUGUAUACAUAUUACGAGAAAAAACAAUGAGUUUAUUUUUUAUACAUAUAUAUGCAUGUAUCUAUUAUUGUAUAGGGGAUACUGAAUUUAACGAUAGGCACCCAGCUCGCGUAUGCAUACAUAUAUAUAUAAUAAUUAAAAUUACAUUUAACCCACGACAAUAUUAACAUAUUAUUUUUUAUGCCGUGUAGUAUGCGCCGAGCUGAAGGUACGGGUACACGUUUUAUUGGGCGCUGUACAGCCACGUUAAAAUUUGUGCCAAAAUGUACAAGUGAACAAAGGAAACGACGAGACGAAUGUAAUAGUUGAUUCUUUAAAACAUAAUUAUUACUAUUAUUAUUCUACCCGCGUGGAUAAUUACUGAACUGAAAAGACGAUUUUAUUCGCUAGUAGUUGCGUUUAGAGCAGUAGAAGGGUACUUUC